GCGGACACGUUAACAACAGAGAAAUAGUGUCGAAUUAUUUUCUGAAAUCCGAAAAGUCCGCUUAUUUAUAUAUUUUCAAACAAAAAAAUAUCAAGUAAUUGUAUAUUGAAAAAUAUAUUGAUUGCUAUUGCCCUUGCGUGUUGGUCGUGCUCCUCUCGCAUUGUUUUGUUUUCUGUUUUCUGCAGCUUUGCGCGCGCGCAACCACGGAUCGUCAAAGAGAACUUUUCUCAUCAAACAACAGCAAUCAUUAAAUUCGCAGCGCGACACCAAGGAGACAAUCAAUCAACUUAAACCAAAAUGCAGCAAAAGGUGGAAGAGAAAAUCGAUCCCCUGACACGCAUUCAGGAGGAGAUCAAGGAAGUGGUGAGACGCGAAGAGGAGUACCGCCAGCUGGCCACGCUCUCCUCCACUGGGGUGGGCACUGGCACUGCCACUCCGCCCCCCAUCCAGGUGGACGAAUUCGAGACAUACACGAUCAAUGGCAACGGCAAUGGCAACGACUUCGAUCAGGAUCAGGAGCCACAGGGACAGGAGCAGUUGCUGGAUCUGGGCGAGGAUGAGGAGGAGCGAGACCAGGGUGUUCUGGUCACGGCCCAACCGGCCUUGGCGGCUGUACAGACGACGGCCCUGCUGUUGCCCAUCGACGAGCACUCGAACACACCCUCGCUGGCCUCCAGCGUCAACAGCACCAAGGAGGAGAGCCUCGAUGGCCAGCACUCGGACGACUCUGGCAUUUCGGCCUCCUCCCAGAGCAACAACAACAAUAACAACAAUCUGGUGAAGCAGCUGCAGCCGCUCAAGCUGACGGUGGUGAGCCGCCAGGAGCAGCGCUACAUCGGUCCAAACUGCUACAACCUGACCCCGGAGCCGCCCCAGCAGAAGCUUAUGACCCGCACCAUCUCCACGCCGCAGCUGAACGGAGUGCAGCAGAAGCGGCAGUUUGCCUUCAGCGGCUCCACCAAGGGCGUGAUGCAGCGCUUCAUUGCCUCACACGGCAAGGUGGGGCCCAGCAGCCCCCUGAGCAGCCCCUCCUCCCCCCUGACCCUGGCCAAUGGCAGUAGUGGCAACGUGAACGGGAACGUAAGCAGCAGCACUCAGACGACUCUAAAGCUGAACGCCCGCAAUGCUCUGGCCUUCCUGGAGACGGGCGGCAACAACUCGCCGACGGUUACCCUGUCGCCGGCGGCCAUUGAGCGGGACUCGGAGGGUCGGCCUCUGCGCCGCGGCUAUGUGCCCGUGGAGCAGAAGAUACAGCGGGAGCUGCAGGACCUCAAGUCGCGGGAGACGGAGCUGAAGCGUCUGCGCAAGCUGAGCAGACAGAACACCCUCAGGGCCUCGCAGGACAAGCUAAUAUUGAGCACAGAUGAUGAGGCCGAUGGGGAGGCGGACGACGAUGAGGACUCCGAGGAGGAGCACUGCUAUGGCCCGGGAAAACUUCGCAAUGCCCAGUCCACGCAGGAGCUCGACAGAAAUGGAAAUGAGCAGGAGAUUGUCCACAAUUCACAAAGAACGGCCUGCGGGUAUGCCUACAUCAUGUCCAAUGGAAAUGGCAUUGGGAAUGGGAAUGCCAGCUGCAAUGGAGGAGGCAUGCGUCCGGCCAUGUCGUUGGCCCAGCUCUGUGAUCUGACGCCGGAGGAGGCCCCCUCGUCGCACCGCCUCAUCGCACAGUGGGAGAGCCUGAUCAAAAAGAACGCCGAGGGCGGAGCGGCCAUCGAGGCGGUUAUCUAAGCAGACCAACCACACCACACACCACACACACCAACAAUCUGGUGCAGAGCAGACCAAAUUAUUAUUGUAGUGUCCACGUAGCCACAUAUGGCACUUCUUCCCCCUUUCCCCAUCCCCCUUCUGACGAUCGUCGGCUAAUGCCCCGAACCGCACGUCAAUGUCCUACCGCUUGCUUAGCGCCCCACCCCACCCUCUCCCCGUUAUCAACGAAUUAAUCUUAACGCCAACCGAUUGAACUUGCAGCUGAAACUUCACCCGAAGCCAGAAAUCCUGCACUUAAUGCGAUUAAAGUGUAAUAUGUAAUUCAUUCUGUGUACUGUAUACUGUGUACGUAAUGUGAAUUUUUCGAGAACCUUGUUGUAUAUAAUUCUUCAUGUUUCCAGUGCGAGUGCGAUUGCGGCAGCGGCUGCGGCUGCAGUCGACUUGCUAAUAAUUUAUUACAAACAAACUUUAUAUAUACAAUACCUUAUAUGAAUAUAUGUAAACAAAACAUUAAUACGAGUACAUGUGUAUGUACCUAUACAUGUACGAAACCAAUAUGCGAAACGAUUCAA